AUGGCUUCUACAUUCAUGUACUAUCCAGGCCAUGCGCCUGGCGGUCCUGUUGUGGACACCUGUGCUGCUGCUAAUGCCGCUGCUUUACAACAUCAUCAGCAGCAGCAUCAACAGUCUCAUCUAAGACAGAUGGAGGCUCAUCAACAACAACAACAACAGCAGCAGCAUAGUCAGCAGCAACAGCAAUACGCUGCCUCUGCUGCCGCUGCCGCUGCUGCGCCAUAUGGUUACUACCAAAAUGGACUAGCUGCCGCACAAGGUAUGGCUGCUGUUCAACAACAACAGCAGCAUCAACAACAGCAGGCUGCAGCUUUCUACAAUCAACAGCAACAUCAACAUCAACAGCAAGCGGUAGCUCAUCAUCGCAGAACUUCUAGUUUCAGACAGCAGCCUACACUACCUCCCCUAGGAAUGUUUUAUCCGGGUGCACCUCCAGCUACUAUUUUACCAUUACCGUUACAGCAGGAGGCACCUGCUCCUAGAGAGGAGUACGUGAACGGUGGGGUUAACCAAUUUUUGGAUUACGAUUUAGACUUAAUGUCCGAAUUCGUAAUCAAGAAAUCCUACAAUGCCUUUGGAACGGAUGCAGGUGCUGUCAUUAGAGAAACAGGCUCCAACCAAACGGUGGAUCUUUUCACGAAGGGUGUUUUCUCGGUUCUUUCAGCAACUAGAUUACCUGCGGUGACCAUCUUCAUGGCUUUAGAUCUUUUAUCCAAAUACGUGACAAAGACACAUGCGGCUUCAGGAUCGAUCCGCAGUGGAUGUGUCAACGUGGUUUAUCAGAACACAAUGGUAGCCUUUGUUCUAGCCAAUAAGUUUAAUGAUGACAAGACAUUCACCAACAAAUCUUGGUCCCAAGCUACUGGUAUGGAUGUUUUGUGCAUUAACAAUUUCGAAAGAGAAUGGUUAGACGUAUUGGAAUGGAGAUUGUUUGAUGAUAAGUUUGUUCACUAUGAUGAGUAUGCACACGCUUUUGAAAUUUUCUGUCAAGAGAAAAGAUGUCCAUCACCACCAAAUAUGUUACCUGCUCCACAUUCUACAGAUAACUAUUUGUCACCACCAUCUGAUUGUCAAACUCCUGUCCAUCUAAAUGCAAACGUUUAUUCUUCUCCAGGAUUUUUGGAGAAGGAUACAAACGAUUUUUACUAUGGGCAACCCGGAGUUCUUUCAUCCCCCGUGUCACAAUUUACUCCUAACUCUGCUGCUGCUUAUUCAACAACUAGUGGUGGCCCAAUGAAUUACAAUUUCUACAACUUUGGACCCCCACAACCUGCCGCUGCUGUUCAACCUAUGAUGGGUCUACCACCUGCUCAUAUGUGGAAUAUGGAUGAAAGGUUUGGUAAUUUUGCAAGUUCUAACUUCCCAGGUUUCGAUAACAAUUACUAUUGCUAUUCCGCAGUGUAUUAA